GUGACAUGGUUGCAUCAUAAGGAAGAUUCGAUCCACCUGCUGACAGUCGGAAGGAGCGCUUACAGCAGCGACGAGAGGAUCACCCUGAGCUUCCGCUACCCAAACAACUAUCGGCUGGCAAUAGUUUACGUAACCCAAAGGGAUGAGGGAUUGUACGAGUGCCAAGUGGCAACGCACCCGCCUCGAGUAAAGAGGAUCUUCCUGAAAGUCAUAGCUCCUGAACUAACAAUCUCUGAUGAAUCUGGACGUCAAGUUUCUGAACGCUACUACAAAGCUGGAAGCAGCUUAGAGUUGACCUGCUUUGCAACUCAGGUGGGAAACCCGAACGAGGAGCACCCGAUCGCCUGGAAGCACGGAGAUCGCACCCUCACCGAUGGCAUCAGCUCCAACAGCUCCGCCGUCUCCGAUACGGCCACCUCAACUCUGACCAUGGCUCCACUACGCAGGGACCAUUCUGGCAACUACACUUGCUCCGUCGGCUCUUUGGCUUUCGCUACCGUCGGUGUACACGUUCUUAAUGGUAAGUUAUUGCACGAAAAUCUGCCAAAUCUUGCCAUUAAUCUUAACUUUCUGAAGUAA